CACACACGGACAGUCACUACGAACGAACACGCUCGAGUCUCCUUUGAUUCAGAGAGAAGAAGAAGAUGCGGGCCUUAUCCUUCGCACCUUCUGCUUGUGCUCUGUACUCGCCAAGAAACGCAGUCGCAGCUCGUUCCAGCUCUCAAGCCUCCAUACCCAUUAGCCACCCGUUCGUUCCCGAGGUUUCGAAAGCAGUGGAUUCAUUGUACUCCGAAUUCAGAUCUGUAGAUGUGUUGGUGGCGCAUAACACAGCCCGUGUACUUAUAGCUUUUCAGAAUGCUCGAAUUGGAUCCCAUCACUUUGGUGGUUGCACUGGCUAUGGUCAUGAGGAAGCAGGUGGACGUGAAGCACUUGACCAGGCUUUUGCAGAAAUCUUUGGGGCUGAAUCAGCAAUAGUACGCUCUCAGUUCUUCUCAGGCACUCAUGCUAUUACUUGUGCUCUCUUUGCCAUUCUGAGGCCAGGGGAUGAGCUUUUGGCAGUUGCUGGGGCUCCAUAUGAUACUCUAGAGGAAGUUAUUGGCAAGAGGAAUUCUCAUGGGCUGGGUUCAUUGAAAGAUUUUGGAGUGAAGUAUCGGGAAGUUCCACUUGCUGAGGACGGUGGACUUGACUGGGAUUCACUUUCCAGAGCUGUGGAAUCUCAUACAAAAUGUGCAUUGAUACAGAGGUCUUGUGGUUAUUCAUGGCGUAGGAGCUUAAGUGUCAAGGACAUAGGCAGGGCAAUAAAGAUGAUAAAGGCCCAAAAUCCUAACUGCUUGGUGAUGGUGGAUAAUUGCUAUGGUGAAUUUGUUGAAGGAAUUGAACCUCCAAUGGUGGGAGCCGAUUUGAUUGCUGGAAGUUUAAUAAAAAACCCAGGGGGAACCAUUGCACCAUGUGGUGGAUACGUUGCCGGCAGAAACAAAUUGGUAAUGGCUGCAGCUGCUCGUCUCUCUGCACCCGGGCUUGGAGUUGAUUGUGGUUCAACCCCUGGUGAUAUUAUGCGUGCCUUUUUCCAGGGAUUGUUCCUUUCGCCUCAAAUGGUUGGUGAGGCAAUCAAGGGAACUUAUCUUGUAGCUGAAGUCAUGGCAUCAAGAGGUUAUCAGGUGCAGCCACUUCCUUGUGCUCCUCGCCAUGAUGUUGUGCAGGCAGUGCAGCUUGGUACUCGGGAACGACUUCUUGCUUUCUGCGAAGCUGUCCAGAGAAGCUCUCCGGUAUCUUCAUUCACCAAACCGGUGGCGGGAGUCACUCCGGGCUAUGCUUCUGAGGUGAUCUUUGCUGACGGAACGUUCAUUGAUGGGAGCACAAGCGAACUUUCUUGUGAUGGACCGCUAAGAGAGCCAUUUGCUGUAUUUUGCCAGGGUGGCACACACUGGACCCAAUGGGCUCUAGUUUUGGGAGAGAUUCUGAAAUCCAUAUAACCUCGAGACCGGGCUACGGGGAGUCGAAAGGGUUACGCGGGAUGCUUUUGGGUUGACAAUUUUGCCAUGAAAUCACAGAGAAGUUCCAUAGUAAAGGGUGCAGGUUUUGGCUUGGGUCAAGACGUAACUUGUGUAACUGAGGAGAAGGCGGGUGACUCUGUGAGGUGAUAUUGAACUCUUUGGGUGUUUUUCCCCACUUCUUGAUGGAUUCCGCUGGGAUCAAAGUUUUUUAAUAUCAUAAAGGCAGUGGUUAAAAUGGAUGAUCUUGAGAACGUAUACUACGAGUCGAUACUUGGCUUGUGUUGCUGUCUUACUGCUCAUGUUAGGAGGUUUUCUUGCUUCACUGCCGGGAAAGCAAGCAUUCCCGUCGAAGACUUGGAGAUAUACGUGCAGUGUUUCGUAUGCUGAAUGGAGACACAGAUGCUUGAAUCAUAUGAUCUUUUUCUCGAUUGGAAGACAUUGGUUAUGGUCUUGUCAGUCCAAAUGAGAAUCAUGUAAAAAUGGGGAAAAGGCUACAAAAACAGUUGCAGAAUCUUGUAUGCAAAUUGCAACGCUCAUACUUCAGAACCGGAAUUGAAGAUCUUUCGGGUGCUGCUCUUUUUC